UCAUGGAAAGAUACGGCCACAGCAGACUGGUGCUGGUGGUCUACAUCAUCACCUUCCUGAUUGGCUUCCCUGCCAAUGUUGUGGCCUUCUACACCUUCAGCAAGAAGGUGAGACAGAAAGCCAUGCCCAUCGACAUCCUGCUCCUUAACCUGACCAUCUCGGACCUCCUCUUCCUGCUCUUCCUGCCCUUCAAGAUCAAAGAGGCGGCGGACUACACGAAAUGGAACAUGCCCCACUUCCUGUGUCCAUUGACCAGCUUCGUCUUCUACACAACCAUUUACAACAGCACCUUCUUUCUGACCGCCAUCAGCGUCGAACGCUACCUGGGGGUGGCCUUUCCCAUCAAGUACAAACUCAAAAGACGGCCUUUGUACGCCACGGUGGCUAGCGUCUUCUUCUGGGCGAUCUCCAUGGCGCACAUCAGUAUCGUUUACAUCAUGCAAUACUUCGUACAUCCCAAUGCCACCCGGACAGACCCUUCGGAACUGGACGUGUGUUACGAGAAUUUCACCCAGGAGCAGCUGCAGGUCCUGAUACCUAUCCGUCUGGAGCUCUUUCUGGUUCUAUUCUGUGUACCUUUCUUCAUCUGCUGCUUCUGCUACAUCAACUUCAUCCGGAUCCUCGCUCAGCUGCCCAACAUCAACCCCAAGAAACGUCUGCGGGCCAUCGGCCUAUCUCUGGGGACCCUGCUGGUGUUCAUCGUCUGCUUCGCGCCCUAUAACCUGUCACACGUAGUGGGCUUCGUCAACUGGAAGAGUUCCGAUUGGCGGGUGGACGCGCUCUUGUCCAGUACCGUCAACGCCAGCCUGGACCCCAUCAUCUUCUACUUCUCCUCGUCGGCCCUCAGGGAUACCUUACACCUCUUCCUGAAGAGCUUGGUGGAGAGGGUGCAGGGGUUGUGCUGCUGCCGUAAGGCUCUCUCCUGCCCCCUGGUGUUCUGCUCCAGAAUUCAGAAGGACAGCACGCCAAGCUCCAAUGACAGCUCCUUAUAGUGCACAUGUGUCAAACUCAUUCCACGGAGGGCAGAUGGUCUGCGGGUUGUCACUCCUCCCUUGUACU